AUACUAGCGCCCAUAACUCAGCGCACAUCAGUGUCGAACUGAACAUUGACUACAACAUAGACAGUACUAGGACUCUUUCCAAGACCCCCUUUUCUGAUUUCUUGGUGCUGGGCCCAGAUAUUUAAAAGAGACACGGAGGACCUUCAAUACACAUUCACAUGGACUCCAUAUUCUCGCAACUCAAUGUUGCCCUCCGAGGGCCAACGGGUACACCGCAGUCGCCCACGGAGACCAUAACUCGACUAAGCGACAGACUUGCUCAAGCAACUCAAAUCGGAGACAGGAGGUCAACGGUUCUCACUCUCAAGGGCCUUUCAAGAGACUGGAAAGCAGAAGUCGGAGAACGCGCUCUUCCAGGCCUCGUUGAUGUUCUAUUGAACGACGCUGAAUUAGACGAGGAGAUCGGAAAGGCGGUUUUGGAUACAUUGUAUGUCUUGUGCAAUGUGAAUGAAGAGGCUGAGUCAGGUCGCGGUCAAUUGCACACCCAUAUACCACCGCAAGUAAACAAAGAACUUGGCUUCAAGCACACGGAUGCAUUGCUUGCGGACGAGAGAGUUACGCACAAGCUUUUUGCUUUACUAGCACACCAAUCAUUCUAUCUGCGUCUUGGAGUCCUCGAGUUACUCCUCAUUCUGUUACACAACCGACGCCAGGUGGUACAGGGCUAUUUCUUGAAGGCUCCCGUAGGAGCGACUUCUGUUAUUGCUGUUCUGGAAGAGCAGCGUGAUCGACUGCGAGAUGAGGCUCUUAUCAUGUUCCAAACAUUGGUUCAUCAAAGUCCGGAUAUCCAGAAAGUCCUUGCAUUUGAAGGAGCUUUCGAGAGGCUGUUCGGUAUCGUCAGAGCGGAGGGUGGAUUGGAGGGUGGGCAUGUUGUGCAUGAUGCCUUGGCAUGCGUGGAUGCUUUGUUGCGGUUCAACAGUUCCAAUCAGAGCUACUUUCGAGAGACGAUGCUUCCACCGAUGCUUCCGGCGCUUCUUCUCUUUCCGCCCUCACUGAAAGUGAGCGAAGAGGUCCCUCAAGCAUUCGCGCUGCAAUUUUGGGACACACCCCAGAAACCUGCAAAUGCUAGUCUCAUUGUGGGCAUCAUUGGUAUGCUCGUAAACAGUAAAGGUGGUAGUGUCGAAGAGACGAGGACGUUCUCCAGGUGCUUGGUUGAACUCGGGCUUGCUAGUAAUGCGCCAACAUUCUUGAAGACGCAAGCUCUACGGUUGCUCCCGCCAAAUCUCGGCAUACCUCUCCCUUCAAUAGUCGUCACACCGUAUAUGCCAGUGCCUGGAACUAAUGACGAAGAAUGGGACCGGCUAGAACCUGCGAGUGCUUUGGAUGCACUUGUAGAGUUGGUCCUACAUGGAGAAUAUAAUGGUCUGUUUGGGGAGAGGAGAGCUAAAGAUGGUAUGGAGCUUAGAGCAGCUGCUCUUGGUGUCAUUCAGAAUUUCGUCCAAAGGGAUGAGAUUCGUGAAGCCAUUGUUCGCGCUAUGCUUCCCGCAGAUGGUUCGAAUACACCACCACCAACCACACCACUCUUACACGCACUCACAGCGCCACCGCAUUCACCCCUCGAUAUCGCCGCGGUUACAUCUACCCAUCUCUCCUGCCUUCUCUUUGCUCACCUUCUCCGAUAUGCACCACGUACAAAGACCCUCGCUCGAUCCAUCAUUCCCCAGCCUAAUUUCCCCAACACACAACCAGGUGGAGAAUUCUUCGUACCUGCAGAUGGCGGUGCCCCACCCCCUCCUCCUCCCGCACCAGAGGAAGAGGAGGAAGAACCAGAGAGUUUGCUUCAGACACUCAGCGAGCAUCUCUCGUUAGCAUUUUUGUCCAAAAAUAGGGCAGAUACGAGUGAUCAAGAAGCGAGAGAGUGGGAUCGGUUGAUUGUGGGCUAUUUAACCUUACUCAUACAAUGGUUGUAUGACGAUCCUGGGUCUGUGAGGGAUUUCUUGCAGACGGGUGGUUUGGGCAUGUUAGUGGAACCUAUCAACCAAAUGGCCGACUCCGAUCCUGUCAUCCCAGGUCUCUGUGCACUACUACUCGGUAUCUGCUAUGAAUUCAAUCGAGAACCAGGAGAGAUAACCCGAGCAACUAUACAUCCAAUUCUUACCCGUCUUGGCAUAGACACCCUCAUUGGACGUAUAACUCACCUCCGUAAUGAUGAUCGGUUCAAGGCUAUCGGUCCAGAUACUCUUGUCUUGCCAUAUCCGAAUCAAGCUUCUGCUCUGCCCGGUGUACCAGGUGGUGGUAGCGCCGCCGCCGCUGCUGCCGGGGACGUGAAAAAGGAGACGGAAGCUGAGAUCUGGUUCGACUGGGCAUUUGUAGAUUUCUGGAAGUCGAACUAUUAUACGGUUGUGAAAGGAGUCGCGGUAGAUCCGAAUGAGGCUCCGCCAACGGCCAGUACGUGUCUGCUACAAAUCUCCAUGCGGUGUGAAUCUUACAUUAUUCCAGGCCAAAAUGCGGAAACAGAGAUGCUGGUGGCGUCGUUGCGCGAGGUCAUCCAGAAGCAAUCAGAUGAGAUUCAAGACCUCAAACGACGGCUUAACGAGUUCACCGCAUCUGCUGCAGCUGUUGAUGUGAGUCUUCCCCCAUUUUCGCUCCUCUCGUUAUUGUCCCCAUGUACAUGUAUUCAUUCUACUUUUCUUUCAUAGGUUCAACGAAUAGCUCAACUCGAAGAUGACCUCAAGUCAAUGCGAGAUGCAUUUGAAGUUGCCGACGAUCGACGCAAAGACGUCGAAAAAGAGCAAGAAGACUUGUUGGUGUUAUUGGAUGAAAUGAAUCUGAAACGGAGUAGAGAUAAGCAGAGGAUGAGGGAAGCGGGCUUAGCGGUUAGUGAAGAUGAGGACGAUGGACUGGACGAUGACGAAGAAUGACGUGUGGUAGUGUAGUUGCGUUUGAAUACUUCUCAUGGACUAAUUGGAUGUAAGUACCUUAGUUCUGGAUUUCGCAUUACUAGCCGCUAAAGGGCUGAGACUUGAAAUAUCAAGGGAAACUUAACAUCAAGUACAGUAAUAAUGACGAAAGCCGAACCUAAUGUACAGAUAGGAAAAGCCUGCAGGAUGAGCAAAGUCCAUAAAUGAAACCAAAUACUACGUGUAGAGAUCACUCGAAUACACUCCCGUCCAUACGGACACCCAUGUUCUGCUUGACGUCCAUGCCCAAUAACUUCAUCUUGCCAGCCUAAAGGAGUUUGGUCAGUAUACGCCAUGAACCGACAAAGCAGAGGGCAAUCAGGGAUUUAGAUGCCCAAACGUA